AUGGUAAUAAUCCAUUUACAAGAAGUGACACCAGACAGUGGGAUUGAGACACCAGAAAUGAGCGUAGGGAAGCAAAUGAUGAGGAACCAUGUAAGGAAUCUACUCAAUGUGCUGAGUCCCAAGGAGAGGAAGAUCAUCAAGCUGAGGUUUGGGAUUGAUAGUGGGAAGCAGAGAUCGUUGUCUGAGAUAGGAGAGAUUUAUGGACUGUCUAAGGAGAGGGUAAGGCAGCUAGAGAGCCGAGCAUUGUAUAGGCUUAAGCAGAACAUGAACAGCCAUGGACUCAAUGCUUAUGCUGAUUUGCUUGUCUAG